AUGGGCCUGAAAUCAGAUGCUGAUGGCGUUCACCCCAUCACUAAGCAGUAUGGGUCAGAGUGUGGCUACAUGUUCAGUAUCCUCCCUCUGCCUGGCCAUGCUGAACUCAGAGCCUCCUACUUCUCCUGCCACACUGACAACCAGGACGAUGAGGUGUUCACUUUUAGCUUUAACUUGAUCGCAAGUGGAGUGGGAAACACCUACACUGUGAAUGCAACCUGCUCCCUCCCUUUACCCUGGUCCCCCAGAGAAGUCAGCUGUGAGGAGAACUAUAUGGAGGUGUCAAUGAGGAGUGACGUGUCCUGUCUAUCUGGUACAACAACGGAUGCCUGGACUGCUGCCCUUGCUACAGCCCACAGCUCUGCCACGUCUACCUGGCAGGUGAUGUUCCAGCAGGAGGGGCAACAGCUGAUUCCCAUGUCCAUCUCAGAGGCUCGGGAGCUGGGCUACGUGUUCCACCUCACCCAGGGGAGACUGGUGUUCCGCUCGCCCUACACACCACGGUCUGUCAUGGGGUCUGUCUCCAUGGUGAAUGGUUCAGUGGUGGAGGUGGUCCAUCCCAUACUGUUCUCCAGGCAGAGAUGGGUGGUUAUGAUGGUGGACUGGAUUGUUGCGUGCAGCACUAAUGAAGGAAUGUAUGAUGGGGUGGGGCUGGUCUGGCAGACCCCCACUCUGCUGUCCCCGCUGGUCUCUGGCCUCUCUGGGUUGGAGAGCAGCAAGAUCUCAAUGGGGGUGGAUGGUCAGCUCCUGAAUGAGCCCAUCACAGCAGAGCGAGGCUACAGCCUGGACAUCAGUGACACCACUGUCCAGAUCAGCAUCCCCUUCAACGCAGCCGGAGGAUACAGAAAAAGCUUUGUGAUGGACAACAUGUACCAUGAGUUCUAUGUGUUCCGUCUCUACUAUGAACAAACCUUUCUUGAUGACUGCGGUGUGGAGACCAGACUCCGCCUCCACAGGCCCAUGAACACACCCCUUCUGAUCCAGCACACCUCCAUCAUUAACCAAACAGUCCUUGAGGAUCGUGUGUUUACUGUUUACCUGGGGAACCUCUCCUACGAUGUUGACCUGGUGGCUGUGAAGCUCAAUGGUCACAACUUCACCAUACUAGAGGCGAAUAAAAGUGGCCUCGUCAUAACCAUGGUCCCCCAGCCCAAUAGUACCCUACAUGCCUACAUUCUCAGGGUGCCAUUUGAUGAUGCCGUUGUUCAAAAACUGUACUCUACAGAGGGUCGUCUUCAGUUCUCAUUGGACAUCAACUACACUUUGGUCAUCCUGCCUCAGGAGGAGCCCUACUACUACCUGGCUUCAGUCGUGGCUCAGUUCAUUGAUGUCUUUCCUCCGGUCUUCAAAGGCGUCUGCAAUGAGAAAAGCAUCAGUUUCCAGAUGGUCCAUAAGCCAUUUGACUACCUGUGGGAGGUGGGUGUUGGCCCAUACCUUCUGACCACAAAUCUGGCAGACAAGCGUGGAUACAUCAUGCAGAAUGACAGCAAGAGUCUGACCCUGGAAGUGCCCCUCUUCACUGUUGGCUACACUUAUAAGGACAUCAAUUUGAAGCAGUUCUACGGCUCAUUUGAAAUUCACUCGCGACUUCCCAAGACCUUGGAUGUCAAGAGUUCCUUGGCCAAAGCCUGUCUCUUUCAGACUACUGAGGUCAUAGUGUGUUCCACUAAAGGGGUGGUGACAGUGGUUACUGAUGUGACUCUGGCUAUUCCUGGAGCUGAACCCAACAGAACCUUUCUCCUGGACUCCACCUGCAGGCCUCAAGAGACAGAUGACACCAGGGCUCUCUUUAGCUUUGGACUCCACACCUGUGGUACCAGGGUCCAGGUUGACCAUCAGCACGUUACCUACGAAAAUGAGAUCAACGUUGAGCACAAGAGCCAAUCUGCACUUGUGGCUUUAAUGUUCAGUUCUCUUUUUAGGAUGAUCGUUCGGUGUGUCUAUCCACUGAGUGACCUAUACAAGCUGUUUGCAUAUUGGCAGUUUGAGGCAGACUCUCCAGGAGUUGGUACCAUCUUGACUAGAGUUCCUGUAAAAAGGGCUAUUGAGACUGCGUGUCGGGCUCGAUACUUGUUGGUAACAACCCAACUCUCAUUUGCUGGGAAUGAACCUCGCUUUGAAGCGGUUGAUGCUGAUGGCGUUCACCCCAUCACUAAGCAGUAUGGGUCAGAGUGUGGCUACAUGUUCAGUAUCCUCCCUCUGCCUGGCCAUGCUGAACUCAGAGCCUCCUACUUCUCCUGCCACACUGACAACCAGGACGAUGAGGUGUUCACUUUUAGCUUUAACUUGAUCACAACUGCUGCAAGUGGAGUGGGAAACACCUACACUGUGAAUGCAACCUGCUCCCUCCCUUUACCCUGGUCCCCCAGAGAAGUCAGCUGUGAGGAGAACUAUAUGGAGGUGUCAAUGAGGAGUGACGUGUCCUGUCUAUCUGGUACAACAACGGAUGCCUGGACUGCUGCCCUUGCUACAGCCCACAGCUCUGCCACGUCUACCUGGCAGGUGAUGUUCCAGCAGGAGGGGCAACAGCUGAUUCCCAUGUCCUUCUCAGAGGCUCGGGAGCUGGGCUACGUGUUCCACCUCACCCAGGGGAGGCUGGUGUUCCGCUCGCCCUACACGCCAGGCUCUGUCAUGGGGUCUGUCUCCAUGGUGAAUGGUUCAGUGGUGGAGGUGGUCCAUCCCAUACUGUUCUCCAGGCAGAGAUGGGUGGUUAUGAUGGUGGACUGGAUUGUUGCGUGCAGCACUAAUGAAGGAAUGUAUGAUGGGGUGGGGCUGGUCUGGCAGACCCCCACGCUGCUGUCCCCGCUGGUCUCUGGCCUCUCUGGGUUGGAGAGCAUCAAGAUCUCAAUGGGGGUGGAUGGUCAGCUCCUGGAUAAGCCCAUCACAGCAGAGCGAGGCUACAGCAUGGACAUCAGUGACACCACUGUCCAGAUCAGCAUCCCCUUCAACGCUGCCGGAGGAUACAGAAAAAGCUUUGUGAUGGACAACAUGUACCAUGAGUUCUAUGUGUUCCGUCUCUACUAUGAACAAACCUUUCUUGAUGACUGCGGUGUGGAGACCAGACUCCGCCUCCACAGGCCCAUGAACACACCCCUUCUGAUCCAGCACACCUCCAUCAUUAACCAAACAGUCCUUGAGGAUCGUGUGUUUACUGUUUACCUGGGGAACCUCUCAUACGAUGUUGACCUGGUGGCUGUGAAGCUCAAUGGUCACAACUUCACCAUACUAGAGGCGACUAAAAGUGGCCUCGUCAUAACCAUGGUCCCCCAGCCCAAUAGUACCCUACAUGCCUACAUUCUCAGGGUGCCAUUUGAGGAUGCCGUUGUUCAAAAACUGUACUCUGUAGAGGGGCUUCUUCAGUUCUCGUUGGACAUCAACUACACUUUGGUCAUCCUGCCUCAGGAGGAGCCCUACUACUACCUGGCCUCAGUCGUGGCUCAGUUCAAUGAUGUCUUUCCUCCGGUCUUCAAAGGCGUCUGCAAUGAGGAAAGCAUCAGUUUCCAGAUGGUCCAUAAGCCAUUUGACUACCUGUGGGAGGUGGGUGUUGGCCCAUACCUUCUGACCACAAAUCUGGCAGCCAAGCGUGGAUACAUCAUGCAGAAUGACAGCAAGAGUCUGACCCUGGAAGUGCCCCUCUUCACUGUUGGCUACACUUAUAAGGACAUCAAUUUGAAGCAGUUCCGUGGCACUUUUGAAAUUCUCUCAAGAGUUCCGAAGACCUUGGAGGUCAAGAGUUCCUUGGCCAAAGAUUGUUUCUUCCAGACUACUGAGGUCAUAGUGUGUUCCACUAAAGGGGUGGUGACAGUGGUUACUGAUGUGACUCUGGCUAUUCCUGGAGCUGAACCCAACAGAACCUUUCUCCUGGACUCCACCUGCAGGCCUCAAGAGACAGAUGACACCAGGGCUCUCUUUAGCUUUGGACUCCACACCUGUGGUACCAGGGUCCAGGUUGACCAUCAGCACGUUACCUACGAAAAUGAGAUCAACGUUGAGCAUAAGAGCCAAUCUGUGAAAGCACCAUUCGAAACCAGGGUUACUGCCUCUGUGAUGAUCGUUCGGUGUGUCUAUCCACUGAGUGACCUAUACAAGCUGUUUGCAUAUUGGCAGUUUGAGGCAGACUCUCCAGGAGUUGGUACCAUCUUGACUAGAGUUCCUAGCCCAAGGCAGGUGGUCCUUCCUCCAUUCUCCAACAGGACCCUUCACCACCCCUCCUUCCUGCCCCUGUACAUUGCAGCCAUGGGCUCGGCCCAGUACCCCUGGAGACCCCACCAACAGCCAGUUCCAGUUAUGACUCCCUCGGAGUUCUUCUACACGGACCCCACCAUGCGCCGGGGACAACGGGUACCGAACAUUGUGACCGAGUUGCAGGUUUUUGAGUGCUUCCAACUCAACACCCCUCGCCCCAUCAUGUCCUCUUGCCCCGCCCCCCCUGUCAGACCUGACCCCUUCAGAUCACAAGCCCACCCUACCAGAGACCUGGGUGGCCACACCUGGAGGAGGGACCCUCCCCAUCUGCCCAUCACCCCCAGGCCCAGAGAGAGGGGACGGAGUCAGGCUGUGAUCCAGCUAAGCCUGGAAGAGGAUCAGGCUAUAACUAACCUACUGAAGCUCCAUCACCAAAAGCCUGGUCAUCCAGAGGUCACUACUGCCGUCAUCUCCACCCAGGUGGCUUGUCCUGAAGGGACAUCGCCAAGUGAUCACACCUCAACCCUUAGCCAGCCAUCAGUGUGUCAGUCCAUUCCCACCACCAAACCAUCUCCAGCUGAAGAGAUGGGACUUUUUCAUAGAGAGGACCAGCUCUUUGUGUUGGCCAUCUUGGAGCCCCAACAUCAGAACGAGCCCAGACUGAGGUCUGAUGUGGAGCUGGAGGCAGCGAACGCAUUGCUCACUAUGGAUGAGGAGUCGGUCAGUCUGGUGGAUGAUGAAGGGCCCUGGAACCAGACUCAGACCCUGGACAGGCCCUCUAACAGAAGCCCUGAGAAUCUACAUCUCCAGUACUUCUCACCCGAAGAGUGUGAUGGUGAUACACUGCCAUUAGAAGACGAUGAAAGCUGCCUAUCCCCAGAAGCUUUGCCUCCAAUGACCAGUAUUUGGGAUGCGGUGGCUCUGAGAAAUGGGACUGUCACAGAGUCUGAGGGGACGGCUGUGGAUGCCCUGUUAAUACUGGGUGACCUCACAACCCCAUGUUGUCCUCAUUUCAAUUAA